AUGAAGACCACAUACACUCUCCUCGUGACUGGUCUUGCAACCCAGCAGGCCGCUGCAACCUGGGACCUGUUCGCCAGCCCGUUCCUGAAGACUCCCAAGUAUAACAACAACGAGUGCAGCGAUAAGCAGAAGGGUGGGUUUAGUUGGACUGACCUUAAGGAGGGUGAGAAGGAUUUCACCUAUGGCGACUUCAACUUCUCUGGAGGUUGGAGCUGCACCACCUCUCUCGGCAAGCGUGAUGCGCUCACCCGUCGCAGUUUCGGGAGUAAGAUGAUCAAGAACAUUGUCACCAAGGACAAGCCAGCUUCUUUCUCCUGCGACCAGAGAAAGUCGGGCUUCUCCGUCACAGAGAUUGACGUGUCUGUUGAGUUCGACAUUGACUUGGAGCUGCACUACAAGAUGGAGGAUGGUAGUACAUGCAAACAGUACUCCAGCUGCUCACAAGGUGGAACAACUCUGAAGAACACACAGUGUGGUGGCGCCAAGACCGUUGAUAUCUACCUUGGCAGUCAUUACAAAGGUGAGCAGUCUUCUUGCGAGAUUGGUCUCCACCACAUUGGCUUCGACUGUGACGAGGGCACCAAAUACGUGCCUCCUUCCCCGCCCAGCCCACCCUCUCCUCCAACAGGAGGUAACUGCCAGGGUGAGGGCUGCCCACCAUCUACACCUGAGGCGUCAACACCUUCCGCUGCUCAAUCCACACCCCCUUCAUACCCAACAGGAGGCAACUGCCAGGGUGAGGGCUGCCCACCUUCUACACCUGAGGCAUCCACAUCCUCCGCAGCCAACAAACCCACUCCUCCUGUUGCUGAGACCCCCGCUACCCCAGCUUGUGGACAGAACGGUGGUCCAGCAUGCCCUAUCGCAACUCCAUCUUCUUUCUUCGCCAACAGCUCGGCACCUGCUACCACUCCCAGUGUCCCCAGCAGCGCUGCCACUCCUCUUCCUGCUACCUCCAGCGGUGCUACGGCGAGUGGCUGUGGUGGUUAUGGAGGUUCGUGCGAGGGAACUCCCGUCGUUGGUCCUACCCCUCCAGCCGCCGGCGUCCCCAGCUCUGGAUCUCCUAAGCCUUCGAGCCCCGGUUCUCCCGCUCCUAAGCCUUCCAGCCCCAGCUCUCCUCCGGUCUCUCCUCCUGAUGUUCUUCCCAAGUGCAUGAACACCUGGCUCCAGAUCGAUAGCAAGUGCAAGAACAACGCUGACAAGGCUUGCUACUGCAAGAACCCUGAGUUCACCAAGAACGUCAUCGACUGUGUCACAGCCUGGUGCGGCACUGAUGAGGAGACCCAGAAGUCGCUGCAAUACCUUGUUGGUAUCUGCGCGGAGCACAUCCCAGAGAACCCCAAGAUCAUUGAGGACUGCCCUCCCUACAUUCCUUUGAACCCUGCUCCCCCUACUGGAGGAGUUGCUAGCACCACCAGCGCAAAUGUUCCUGCCGGCGAGACUCCUGCUCCUCAGCCUCCUCAGCCUCAGGUUCCCGAGGUUCCCGUUACUACUGUCACUCACGGCUCUACCGUCGUCACUGUCCCCCAAGUCCACUUCACUACUGAGCCCAAUGUCGGUGGUGCUGUCCCCACUCAACCUGUCGGUCUGGUUCCCGGUAACACUCCUCCGCAGACUCCUGCUGUUACCACUGCCUCCAACGGUGCUCCUUACCCCAUUGCCUCUACUUUUGGCACCCAGACUACUCCUCUGGCCACUGGUACUGGAGCUGCCCGUCCGUCCUCACCACCUGAGUUUACUGGUGCAGCUGCGCCUUUCAAGGUUGUUCCCGCCCACGCUCUUAUUGGUGCGGCGCUUGCGCUCUUCGCUCUGUAA